UCUCACGUUACGUUUGUGAUGUUCGAGAUGAACAGUGAGAAUGGUGAUAUCUUCUUCGGUGGACGCAAACAUGCGAGUCGCGACUAAAGAGCCCCGUAAGUUCUUGUGAUGCGCGGACAAGCGACUUGGGCGUGAUUUAGCGAACGACGUGAACUCGCGUGGGAAAAUGUGAGGCUUGAAGGUACAGCGGGAUAAGCUCGUUAAAGGGGGAAGAGAAAGAAACAGGAGACUUGGGCGGGGAAAAAGGGACAGCUGCUGUGCCCAUCAUUUUGAUGCGAAAAAAAGACGAGGGGGAGAUCGAGAGGCUCCGUGAUUUCAGAGUCCUGUCAACGGAUCGGCGAGAGGCAAAAUGAUGCACUGAAAAGGAAACCAAAACGAAUGUGAUCAUGUCCUGAUAGGAUAGAACUAAAGCAGCAGUUGGUCGUAUUUCAAGGAGACGAGAAGUCACCUUAUAUCUCUCUACGAUAGCGUAGAAUGGAUACACAAGUAGAAAUGUCUCGCAACAAUGGACCUGGUCUUUACGAGUUCCUUAUGGAAGCUGAGUUACAGCAAUAUUACCCUGGAAUUCGAGGAGAUUUGAAGGUGCAGACCACAGCACAAUUGAAGUAUGUAACGGAAGAAGAUCUGAACGCGAUAGGGAUGAGCAAGCCGGAAAUGCGGCGUCUAAAAAAAUACUUCCAGAAGCAUUUUCCUCAAAAUUACCUGUCGAAAUUCAAGAAAAUGCUUCUACCAAAGCGCGAGGAACAGACUCCCGGUGCGCUAAGCAUGUUGCCGGAAGAGAGACAGGACAGACCGUCGGUACGCGUGCCCAAUAAACACAUGAUCCCAGCCGAUGCGAUUAUUGUGAAUAAAGAAUUGGGCACUGGAGAAUUCGGGGUCGUGCAGCAGGGUGUCUGGACAAACGACGGAGAAAGGAUACAGGUGGCAAUCAAAUGCCUGUCCCGCGAACGAAUGCAGAAUAAUCCUAUAGAAUUUCUAAAGGAGGCCGCGAUAAUGCACGCGAUCGAUCACGAACAUAUCGUGCGGCUGUACGGCGUCGUGCUCGACACAAAUUCGUUGAUGCUGGUAACAGAACUGGCGCCGUUACGUUCAUUGCUGGAGUGCCUGAAGGAGCCCAGUUUGCGCGCCAGUUUCCCGGUUUUGUCGUUGUGCGACUUCGCCGUGCAGAUUGCUGACGGGAUGCAAUAUUUGGAGGCGAAAAGACUGAUACAUCGUGACCUGGCUGCCAGAAACAUCCUUGUAUUCUCGAAGAAUAAAGUCAAGAUAUCGGAUUUCGGGUUGUCGCGCGCCCUAGGGGUCGGCAAGGAUUAUUAUCAGACGAAUUUCAACGUGAAUUUGAAGCUACCCAUCGCGUGGUGCGCACCUGAAUGCAUAUCCUAUCUGAAAUUCACGUCGGCGAGCGACGUUUGGGCGUACGGGGUUACUCUGUGGGAGAUCUUCAGUUACGGAUUUCAACCCUGGGCAGCGCUGACCGGCCAUCAGAUUCUCGAAGCGAUAGACGAGCCGAAUUUUCAGAGGCUCGAGCAACCCGAGUGCUGUCCAAAGGACUACUUUUCUCUCAUGCAACAAUGUUGGCAACACGAGGCUCUGAAAAGACCCAAGUUUUCCGAAUUGAUCAAUCUGUUGCCUGAUCUAAAGCCGGAACAAGUUCAAGCGGUCCAGGAUAAUACUGAGCCGAAUCAGCUCGCUUACAGGCAAAACGACAUAAUUACAGUCUUGGAUAAAGGCAGUAGCAAUAUCUUGUGGAAGGGUGUUUUGAAUAACGGCAAAACGGGAUUCUUUAAUCCGGCACAUACGAUCGCGUACCUCGGUUCCAAUCUACCUAGCAAUAAGCCCGGCGAAUUUACGCGGGGAGAUGGCAAGAAUGCUUUUUCCUCGCAGCGUAGAAAAAUCCGUACGGACAUGAUAUCCUCGCCGCAGGGCGAUCUCAAGCAUACCGGUCAUGUGGGUUUGGACGGAGCGUACUUUGGUGACAUUAGCUUUCUAGGUGGAAAGUAUCCGCAUCUACCUCGUCAAGUUGUGACACCAUAUAAACCGCAGGAAGACGCAACUGAUAAUUCUCAAAGUUUAAAUCAGGAUGCUAGAAGUGUCGAUACAAAUAGAGAAUCAGCGAGAGAUAGUAGGAAUAUGCAGCAAGAGGCUCAAAACAAACACGAGAAUUUAUGGUCUGAUGUGAGUUUGGACAUAUGUCAAGUGAAUACAGAAAGCAAUGCAAAGAAGCAAUCCAUAACGUCUAAUACAGGCAGUAACACUGAUGUUCUUGAAGCUGAUCAUGAAUAUCAUGAAAUCAGUGACGAGGAAAAUCAAGAAAGUCCGUUAAGAUUUGAUAAAACGUUGAAUUUUGACUUUGGUCCAAGUCUUUUGGCAGAAAUGGAUCAAAUGUUCAGAUCAUUAGGUUCUUCUCCUCCUCCUCCACCACCUGGUCUUCCUUUACCCACUGAACAUGAAUCAAGUAACGUGAGAAACGAAUUGCGGGAAAUUCAAGCGAAACAAUCUAGCAAGAAGAAACAAGCCACCGUGAGUCCAAUAAAUGUGAAACCUAUCUCAGCUGCCGAUCAGAAAACUCUCUACUCAGCCAUUGCUAUGGCACAGGAAUUGACAGCACGUUCCAUGACAGAUCUUGAACAUCCACCGGAGUCUCCCCGUACACCUGCCAGUCCUUCAAGACGCAGAAAAUUCUCUUUUAAGUUGCCACAUCAAUACAGUCCUAAACCAGAUAGACGACAUUUUUCCGAAGAAGCUGCCAGUAUACCUGACAUACAGUGGCUGUGUUCGAGCCUGCAAUCGCUUUCGUCUACGGUAUCUAGCAUAGAAUCCUUCGGUGCACCGUCGACCCUGAAGCUUCCCUUGUGGGAUAAAGCCUCGGCAGAAUUUUGUUUCGCGAAAUCGAGGGAACUUUUAACGAAACCGAGCGCCUGGGCCUCGUACAUGGACAUUGAUUUGGAUACGCACAUACUGGAUAAUCAGAUAACGAGGCAAAAUUUAGUGAAAUCCACCGAGUUCUUAAAGAAGGAGAAUAAAAGGAAUCACUUGAAUUGCGAGAGCGCGGCUGAUCUCGAAGCCAAAUCGAAUAUUCGCCAUCAGAAUGGUAAGAUCUUCAACAUGGACAACUCGUCGACCUACGAUUUACCGUGCGAGAUCAAAAGAGUGUCCACCAGCUACGUCGAACGUUAUUUCGAGCAACCCAAAUACUGCGAUGAUGAGGGUAUUCUAGAGUGCGCCAACGAAAAGGCGCAUUUUGUGGAAGAGAAAUUGGAUAAGUAUGAUAAGCUUAAUAAUCUGGAACAGCCCAAUAGGCCUGCCUAUUAUUCGAAUGCUCUGGAGCAGGGCUCUUCGGUUGGAGGUAGAUUAAAUCAAGCCCAGUUACAGAGCAAACUGAACAACUGCGAGCUGCAACUCAAGAAUAAUAUCACGCACCUCGAUACAUGGUCGGAUGAGAACUUCUUGAAGGAAAAAAUGGCCAACUUGGAGUCCCCUCGCAAUAAGCCCAAGAAAUUCGAUGGGGUUAAAGAUAAGAAGAACCUCGAUCUCGGGACCCGGCCGAAGAUACCCAUUGCCUUCACCGAGUCCACGAAGAUGAACAUCACGGAAUUCAAGAAGAUUGACUUUCCCAAGUCUAGAAAUGCGAAGAUGCCCUUCAUGCCUAGGAACACGAACCAAGAUGCGAGUACGAUGUACGGUUCGUCGGACAAUAUUAAGACAAGCGCGAAAACGGACGGUUCGGAUAGUCCCAGGGGCAACAUAGAGGCGGUAAAAAUAAAUAUACAAAGCUUCCGUAAGAUUGAACAGAAUCAAAAUGGCCACGAGGGCUUUCCGUUUGUGAUAUCCAACAACCCUUUAUUUAUCGCCGAAUCCGAGAAGAAGGAAUCCCCCAUCUACAGCAGUUCCGAGAGUUUGCGAGUGAAUUUCCAGCGUCUCAGGCGAAAAUCCGACGCCGAAGCCAGUCAAGUAGAACUGAACAGCAAACUCUUGGCAGAGAAGUACCAACGGGAAGUCUCUGGCUUGGAGAGCGUGAAGAACUACUUGGAUUCCAAGAAGAGCCAGGGCUUGAACUUGGGCUUGGGCAAAUUGACCCAGAAUAUGAUACAGUUGGGUAAGAACAUCGCGCAAAACUCGAGGAACCUGGAGACAGCCUCGUCGAGGUCUCUCGCCUCCAACAUGAGAAACCUGGACCUGUCGACGUCUCACUCGCCAUUGCGAAGUCUAAAUAUCCCAAUUCAGAAGCCCAAACAUCUGGAUCUGAACAUACCGCUUCAAAAUCAAGCACCGAUCAACGCGAAGCUGGGCUUGAUGCAAAAAACGAACCUGCCAAGUCCCACGAUGCCUCAACACAUUCUGGAGCCGCCGAAAUUGUAUCAGAAUGAGCCCGUCAGAAAGGAACUGCCCAAACAGGAAAAGGUUCCCGGCUCUGUCAACGUCUAUCGACACAGGACAUCGUCCUUAUCGGAAAAUAGAAAACCGGUGAAGAACGUACGCAGGUCCUUCCAUCCCAGAAACGACUCCAGCGAGGACUCGGACUCGGUCUCGCACUCGGAGAUGGACAUCAGAAGCCGCCUGCGUUACAAACGUAGACACAAGAAGGUUCCGCACAAUCUGCGCUUAAAUUUCAAGUACAAGGCCCCGUUUUUGCAUCCGGAUUCCGCGAAGGGGUUCUCCACGGUUGAGCUUUGCGGGAAGUCGCCGCCGCCGUCAACGAGCUUCCUAAACUCGCUGUCGCCACCGUUCUCCUCCAAGAACAAUCUGCUCUCCUGGCCGGAAAGCGCGCCCAGCUCGAGCUUGACGUUCACCAGCAAUUCUGACUUCGACUCGGACACCAGCUCCGAGUACCCAGAGUUCACGAAUGACGUUCUGACGUUUCCUCCCUCUCCAGCUCCUUAAAGUUGAAGGACAAAUUUAUGACUUCGGCCUCGAUCAAUUCGGAUGCAGCUUUUUCAUGUAUCGAGCCUCGACAAUUUCGCAGAGUGGCUGGAAAAAUUGUUAUGUUACAAAUGCAUGCUAGUUAUAUUAACUUAUAUACA